CACACUUACUAUCUGGUCACCCUAGUCCAAGUGGGCCCCAGCCAUGCUCUCAUGGCACCUCCAAGAAGCCUGCCAAAGCCUGCAUGGCGCACAGGGUGCUUUACUCCCAUCUAGGCGGAGAGGCUGUCGGAUGUUUCACUCUCAGCAGGAGCCCAGCGUUGGUUUUGCAGUGCACCCAGGAACAAAGCUGGGCAAGUGGCUGCGGCCCCAGCCCGCUGGAUCCUGGAGGGCGCAGAGCGUGGGGUGGCUGGGGAAGGAAACUUGCGCAAGAACAAGUAUAAGGCCCAAACCCCCACCCAGGAGCCCAGCCCAGCCUCCCGGAGAGGAACUUCCCAUCGCCGCAGCCAGACGGAGGAAGCCGGGGCUGAACGACACAGCGCCUCUGCCGCCCCGCAGCACAGCAUGGGGCAGCUGCCGCCGCCAGGCAGCUAGAGCAGCCGCUGAGCCGAUGGAGGAGCUGGCCAUGCCCAUGGGGCCGUGCAGGAAGAAGGACUCCCGGCGCCCCGGCCCCGCCGCGCCCCCGCUGCCCUGGGCGCUGCUGAUCGCCCUGGUUGGGGCCGGGGUCGUCGUGUGCCAGCCGCACUACACCCUGCCCGUGCCCAUCGACAACAUCGCGGCGAGCGGGGACAGCCUCCUGCUGGCGGGCGGCAACUGCAUCUACAAGCUGAACCGGUCCCUGAGCCUGCUGCACCUGGCGCACGCGGCGGGGGCGCAGGACUGCGCGCAGCCGGCGGGCACCCACAACAAGCUGCUGCUGCCCGACCUGGAGGGCGGCCGCCUGCUCACCGGCUGGACCCUGUACCACGGCAGCUGCCAGGUGCGGUUCCUGGGCAACCUGACGGUGCUGACCAACCAGACCGAGGUGGUGAGCUGCCUGCCGCAGGGCUCCACCAGCGGGGUGCUCUUCGCGCUGCAGCCCGGCCUCCGCUUGCUGGCGCUGGCCGCUGCCUACUCGCUGUCCAAUCAGUCCGACUCCGAUCUGAGCUGCGUUCCCUCGGCCUCGGACGCCAACACGGUGCUCACCGUGCGCAGCCUGCCGGAGAUGAGCCUGGCCGAGAAGUAUUUUGCGACGCUGAAGCGCCCCGCCAAAGGGCCCCCACUACACUUCGUGGACGCCUUCCUGUGGGGCGAGCACCUCUUCUUCCCCUACUACCCCUUACCCCCGGAGGACCACCAGGCGGCGCCGCAGCCCAGCGUGGCCGUGCUGAAGUGCCAGAAGGACCACAUCAGCCUCGUAGGCGAGCUACGCCUGGACUGCGGCGCCCGCAGCACCCUGCUCUCCUCCAGCCUCCUGGAGCAGGCGGGCUUGUGGGCCGGGGUCUUCAGCGCCGAGCCGGGCGAGCGGCGCUGGGACUCCACCGCGCUCUGCAUCUUCGACAUGCAGCAGAUGGCCGAGAAGGGGGGCAACAGUUGCAGGUCUUUAGGCGAAAACAAUGGAAACCGCGAUUGUCAAAAACUGUUAUCACCGGUCAAAAAGUCACCAACCUUGAUCCAUUCUGAUUUAUCAGCUGUUUAUGCUACUAUAGUUUUGAACAAGACAGUUUUGUUUUUGGGAACAAAAGAUGGACAGUUACUGAAGGCUAUUCUUAACGACAAUAUGGAACCGAACUGCCCAGAGAUUUUGUAUGAAAUUGAAGAAGAAUCUUCUGUUUUUCCCAAACUUGUACUUGACCCAGUGGAUAGUGACUACAUAUAUCUGGCAUUUGCUAACAAGGUGAGAAGAAUACAGGUUGCAAACUGCAAUAAAUAUGGUUCCUGUAAAGAAUGUUUAUCUGCAAAGGAUCCACACUGUGGAUGGUGUCAUUUAAGGAAAAGGUGCACUUUAAAAGGAGAUUGUUCACAUUCAGAUAACUCAAGGGACUGGGUUAACAUUUCACAUGAAGCUGAUGAAUGCCUUACAAUCCAGAUACGUCUCACUGGUAGAAACGAGAUUGUUGUGACUGCAAUUGGACAUGUUUCAGCAGUCUCCAAAGGACACUUUGUUUGUAUUGUGAAAGAGACAAAAACCGACCAAGUACUUUGUAAAAAGGAAGAGCCACAAAUCAUGAACUGUUCUUGCAAGCUAAAUAAUUCAGCACUAAGCAACAGGGCUGUUCAAGUGACACUCAUCUCUGAUUCUUGGAAUUUGUCAAAAACAUUUCAGUUGAAAAAUUUCUCAAGAUGUAUCAGCACUCGUGUUUGUACCUUCCGUGAAAGAAAGCAUAUCUCUCCCUUUGUUGCCUGCAAGCCUGAUGAUUCUGGGCAAGUUCAGGAUGAUUGUCAUCCGAUUGAUAAACAAGGGGAUGUGCCAGCCACUACUGCUUCCCAAAUGAAAGCUACUACACAGAUGUCAGAGCCUCUCUGCAAUAUUUCCAUAGAAUCUGUAUGGAUAUCAGUGUUAGGUAAAAGAGACGUGAUAAUCAAAGGAGCAAACUUUACAGAAGCGUCAAACAUUACAGUGGUGUUGACUGGAACCAGUAGCUGCAAACAAGACAACAUACAAGUCAGCAAGGUGUUAAAUGACACACAUGUGAGAGUCUCUCUCCCACCUGGACGCAAAGAGGCCAAGAGUGUAUGCAUAAAGGCCAAUGGGCGUCAAUGUUCACCACCAAUCACAGUAUAUUAUGUCUCUGAGCCAUCAUGUACUAAAAUAGAGCCAAACACCACUUGGGCCAGUGGCGGUCGCAAAAUAACCCUCUUUGGGAGAAAUUUUAAUGUGACAGACAGUAUCAUUAUUUCAGAUGACCAGAGAUUCAAAUUUAAUGUCUCUGGAUGUCCUGGAAGUACUUCUCCAUAUAGUUUCCUAACACCAGAUGUUAGCUUUUCAGAAGAGUAUAAAUGUUUUGAUGUGUCACUAAACGUGGAAACUGUCCUUAUACCUUGUAUGCAAUUACAAUAUUAUCCUGACCCUAUAUUUAUUGACUAUCAACUGCAUAUUGAGAUGGACCCACAUCUGGAAUUAAAAUUAUAUAAAAAAAAUGACAACUUAAAUAUUUCUGAAAAUGAGAUUGGCGUCACUCUCACUCACAUGAUGAAUGAUAUACAUUUGGAACCUAUCAUCUUCAGGGUUCAAAAUAUUACCCAAACCCUAGAUCGUACUACUAUACUGUGCAAAGUCGAUAGGGAAAAACCAGGCAAGAUUGAGUUAUCCACUGUGAAAGUUUGGGUCACAUUAGGAAACUUUUCGCAGGAAGUUCAAAAGCAAUCAUCGCACAAAUAUUUUUAUGUUCUGUCUUUGCUGCCUAUCUUAUUACUGGGUGUAAUUGUUGUGGCAAUCAUAGUAACUAGAUACAAAUCCAAACAAUUAACCCGUAAACUGAGUCAACAAAUUGAACUGUUAGAAUGUGAAAUUCGGAAAAAAAUACGUGAUGGAUUUGCAGAACUACAGAUGGAUCACUUAGAUGUGGUGGAUAGUUUUGGAACUGUUCCCUUCCUCGACUACAAACAUUUUGCUCUUAGAACUUUCUUCCCAGAGUCAGGCAGCUUUGCAUCCAUUUUCAUUGAAGACAUGCACACUAAUGUGUCACAGAGCAGAGACCCCAGGCAAAAGGAUGAAAGCCUCACCAUGUUGCAUGCUUUAAUUUGUAACAAGGAUUUUCUUGUUACUCUCAUUCACACCCUUGAAAAACAGAAAAAUUUCUCUGUGAAAGACAGGUGCUUGUUUGCAUCCUUCUUGACUAUUGCACUACAAAGUAAACUAGUCUACCUAACCCAUAUUCUAGAAGUCUUGACCAAGGACUUGAUGGAGCAGUCUAGCAAUACGCAACCUAAGCUCAUGCUAAGGCGCACAGAAUCUGUCGUAGAAAAACUGCUGACAAAUUGGAUGUCUGUUUGCCUUUCUGGUUUUCUACGGGAGACAGUUGGAGAACCAUUCUAUAAGCUUGUGACUGCCCUCAAUCAGAGGAUAAACAAAGGGCCGGUAGACGUAAUAACUUGCAAAGCCCUGUAUACACUAAAUGAAGACUGGCUUCUGUGGCAAGUGACCGAAUUCAAACCAGUGGCACUGAAUGUCUUCUUUGAAAAAAUCCCAGAAAAUGAGAGUGCAGAUACCUGUCUUGAUAUCGAAGCUAAUGUUCUGGAUUGUGAUACCAUAGAGCAAGCCAAAGAGAAGAUCUUUCAAGCAUUUCUAAACAAGAAUGGCUCUCUUUAUGGGCUUCAGCUCAGUGAAAUUGGUCUUGAACUUCAGUCUGGUGCACAGCAAAAAGAACUGUUAGAUAUCGAUGGUUCCUCUGUGAUUCUGGAAGAUGGGAUAACAAAGCUAAACACCAUAGGUCACUAUGAGAUUUCAGAUGGAGCAACUAUAAAAGUCUUUAAAAAGAGAACUAAUUUCACAUCAGAUGUGGAAUACUCUAACAAACACUGUCAUUUGAUUUUACCUGACUCUGAAGAGCCACAGGGAGCAAUGCACAAAGGAAAGCAAAAAUUUGAAGUGAAAGAAAUGUAUCUGACAAAGCUGCUGUCUACCAAGGUUGCAAUUCAUUUAGUUGUUGAAAACCUCUUUAAAAGCAUUUGGAGUUUACCCAACAAUAAAGCCCCAGUUGCCAUCAAAUACUUUUUUGACUUUUUGGAUGCUCAGGCAGAAAGUAAAAAAAUUACAGAUCCUGAUGUGGUCCAUAUAUGGAAAACCAACAGUCUUCCUCUUCGCUUCUGGGUGAAUAUAUUGAAGAAUCCUCAGUUUGUCUUUGAUAUUAAGAAGACACCACAUAUAGAUGGCUGUUUGUCAGUAAUUGCACAAGCUUUCAUGGAUGCCUUUUCUCUAACAGAACAGCAGCUGGGAAAGGAUGCACCAACAAAUAAACUUCUCUAUGCUAAGGAUAUUCCACUCUACCAGGAGGAGGUGAAAGCUUACUAUAAAGCAAUCAGGGAUUUGCCUCUAUUGCCAUCAGAGGUAGAAGAAUUUUUAACUCAGGAAUCUAAGAAACAUGAAAAUGAAUUAAAUGAGGACGUGGCCUUGACUGAAAUCUACAAAUACAUAGCAAGAUAUUAUGAUGAAAUUCGAAGUAAAUUAGAGAGAGAACGGGGGCUAGAAGAUGCCCAGAAAGAUCUCCUGCAUAUAAAAGCCUUAUUUGAUGAAAAGAAAAAAUGCAAGUGGAUGUGACCAGAGCACACGGGCCCAGGACUGUAAUCUGGUGAAUUUUUAAACUAGAGGUGCUGGUACCAAACUAGUGUUUUGGCUGGUUAUGUGUAUUUUUUUUUUUUAAACCAUUUGGAUAUUGUUCUCCAUUAUGACCAUGUAAAGUGUAGGGUAUAAACAACAGGCAUGCAUACAGGGCUAGACUUUCAAAUAUAGGCAUGUAAAAGUGCAUGUGAGCCUUGUACUCAUGCAUUGAGCCUGCUUAGUAUUAUACGUGCAUUUGUGUGCCCAGACCCCCUGAUUUGAAAGUCUGCCCCACGUAUUUUAAAAUGAAAUAAACCUGCAGAAACCAGUGUACUCACUGUAAGUUAGAGAAACUUUCACGUAAGCAUGUUUUUUGUAGGUCACUGCCACCUUAUUAACAGAGAAUAGUGCUAAUUAGUCAUACACCCUGACACUUCAUUGGUCUUAGUGUGGCCUUAAAUACUAUUUUAAGUACAAUUCCCCUCCCUUGUUCCCCCUUAAACACAAAAAUGUGCUAGUUUUGUUUGAAAACAAUAGAAGAGUAGCACUUAUGACCAGGUAAUUCAGUAUUAGCAGAAAAGCUGGCUGAGAGGCUCCAGGGCUAGAUGUGAUGAACCAUUUUUUUAACUCAAGGUAUACUGAUUCUUGUUUUAGAAAUUCUCAAUGUGAAAGAAUCCAAAGUUGUGCAGAACAUUAGGUUGCUGGUGCAAUCCACUGUUCCAAGGACAUUUUCCAUAGUUUACGUUGCUUAUAAUUUUUUAAGAUUUGAGAGUAUCAAGACAGUCCUGAACACAUUUAUGUUUUCAUGAUGGUACACCUCUACCCCGAUAUAACGCUGUCCUCGGGAGCCAAAAAAUCUUACUGCGUUAUAGGUGAAACCGCGUUAUAUCGCACUUGCUUUGAUCCGCUGGAGUGUUCAGCCCCGCCCUCCCCCGGACCGCUGCUUUACCGCGUUAUGUCCGAAUUCGUGUUAUAUCGGGUCGUGUUAGGUCGGGCUAGAGGUGUAUAUAAAUAUUCCCAUUAUUUCACUAAAUCAAAUGGAGGUUGGUUUUUUUGGGUGAUAAAAGAUUUACUUAGUGGCAGUUGAGACUAGUGUGGACGAGGGGACUCUAGUUUUCACUGUGGCUACUAGUUUCUCAAAUGUAUAAAGCUGGUAGUUUGCCUGAGAGCACAAGUGACGUGUUCUGUUGGAAGUUUAGGGUUAUUCUAAGAAAUUGCAAAAAAGCAAAAGUCGGUCACAGUUGCUGAUGUUUUUACUGCUGUGUAUAUGGUGCUACUUUUUGAUACAUACAGUAGAGCUGGGCUUUGCUUGAGAGAUCCUUGCCUGACUGCCUUAAACUCCUAUAGGCCUCCAGAUUUAGCUCAGGACUCAUGUAUAUUACAGUAAUAACUGAGUCAGGGAUCCCAAAUACAAUGCACUUCCAUUUUGGAGCAUGCAGGGUUUUAGCCUAUGGCACAUGAGUAAGGUCCUGUUUAUGCUAUACAUUGGAACUGUUUUGUAGCUACCGUCUCUGACCCAGUUGCAACUGCUGUACAGCUGGGCUCUCUAAGGGUAAAGCUUUCUACUAGGUUUGGUGUGAGGUUAAAGGAUAUCUCUCCUUUCACAGCAAAACACAAAAGGGAAACAGUUAUUUAGGAAGCCCUGCACUGAGUUUGAGUCAUCAACCACUUGCAGGAGGAGGUGUAGAUAAGGGGGAAAAGACUAAUGAAGCAACUUCCUGAAGGAGGAAGCAUGGUCCUUGAGCUGCUUCGAACUCCUGGGGCUCUGAACAGCCAUGCCCAUGAACAGCAAGCACCUCGACACUGCACCCCAGACAGCAUAGCUGAGUUAGGAGUUGCGCUACUAGUGACUGCCUCACUGAGCGGGUAGCAGGCCCACCGCAGGCGUUAAUAUUGUCUGUUAUCUCUGCAGGAAAUGCUAGGGGGUUGGUCAGGCACAGUGCCACGACUAUGCCUGGCCAAAUCUGAGGCAUGCUAACCACCCGCUGAGGGCAGCAGGGCCCAGCUGUUAACUUGGGGAAAGGGGGAGGUUGGCUGCAGCUCUGCUUCCUCCCCUCCCAGACUUUGUUUGACAUAUGCACACAGUUCCCUCUCUUUUAUCCAAAAGGGGAGCCCUUAAUUCACACUGAUUUAGUAAGCAUUAAUAAUCUAACCUUUUAUCUGAUGUUUAUAUUUCAUGGACUGUAGCCAUUGUAAAAAUACUGUGUGACAUACCCAGGAUACAAGCUGGAGAAAAACCAAGGAGUGCUCCGCACCCAUGGGGCUGGACACCAAUCUGCUGUUCAGUGGCUGGCCCCCAGCAGCUGUGCCACCGAGCAGCUGUUGGGCAGGGCUGCCCUGCCAUGCUCUGCCCCACAGUGCCCUUAAGGGGGGGGGGUGCAGAGUGGGACCUCACAGGAGGGGGAGCAGAGUCCGUGUAGGGGCACCCACGGGCUAACGCAAAAGUCAUUGCCUGUGGGUACCACCACGUCUCACAGCAGCCAUUCACCUUAGCUGCUCUGUUUAGUUGUUUUAGGAAUGCUUAAUGGUCCUGCUGUAGCCUUUUAAACAACACGUUUGAAGUGAAUAUUAUAGGAGUGGAGCAGGGCAGAUUUGAGCGGCAGGAAGGGGUAAAAGGUCAGUUACAGUUCAGGUUGCUGGUGACUGUUCUUUAAAAGGAAAUGCAAUCAUUUUGUACAAGCGUAACCACUUGUGUAGAUGGGGUAGUGGAGGCCACCUUCCAAGAGUGCCCCUGUUAGCAAGCAUAGAAACAGUGCUGCUUGAGACUCCUUGCCAUUGGGAAGAAGGAAUGGAAAUAGCCCUCUUUAGACACAUAAUCAGCAUAUGGCUAAAGGGACAGAGAAGUUAAAGUCAGUCCUGUUUUGUAUUUGUUUUUGGGCCACUGCUUACCAGCUAAUAGGUAAAAUGGUGAAGCAGGUGUAAUGCACUUAUAUCCCACACAGGAAUGGGAUUACUGCAUUUUAUUUAAGUCUCAGCAGUAGCUUCACUCCAAUUUUUGGUACAUCAUUUAAACAUAUACUGAGGCUUACCAACCUGUGAGGUGGGACUCCUAUAGUGUAAUUAAAUGUAUAAUCAAAUGUUUGUAGAUUGUUUUAGAACCUUGGGUGAGAUUUCAGGGUAGCAGCCGUGUUAGUCUGUAUCCUCACAAAGAACAGGAGUACUUGUGGCACCUUAGAGACUAACAAAUUUAUUAGAGCAUAAGCUUU